AUGUCGAUUUCAACGAUUCGCCGUCAAGUCAAAAAUGUGGCGUACAACUUUUCGGACGCGCAGGUCAAAGUUCGUGAGGCGACAAGCAACGAUCCGUGGGGACCGUCGACGGCGCUCAUGUCCGAAAUCGCCGACUUGACUCACAAUCCAAUGGCGUUCACCGAAAUCAUGUCGAUUGUCUGGAAGCGACUGAACGACUCGGGAAAGAACUGGAGACACGUGUACAAGAGUCUGGUGCUUCUCGAUUUCCUCAUCAAAUGCGGUCAUGAGAAGGUGAGAGAUAUUCGUGCCAAAAAUGAGUUCCAUGCUCUGUCGCAAUCUUUGGUGAUGACAUGAGAAAACUUGACCUCAAGACUGGCAUUUUUAUUGAUUUUUGAUUUUGAAACGGGAUCUGUGAAAAGUGUGACAGAGCUGACUCAUGUUGUUGAAACUGACACAUCGAGAAGCAUACAUUUGCAAAAGAUAAUACAAACAAAUUUUACGUUGCAGGUCGCUCAGCAAUGCCGCGAAAACGUGUUUACCAUCGAAACUCUGAAAGACUUCCAACACGUGGAGGAUAACCGAGACCAGGGCCUGAAUAUUCGUGAGAAGGCGAAGCAAAUCACUUCGCUACUAUCCGAUGACGAACGUCUGAAGAACGAACGCACGCGCUUCAUCCUGACAAGAAACAAAUUCAAACAGAACAACCCGGGCGCUGUUGGAGCUGAAAGUCGACGCAGUCGUCAGCACCACGGGGACGCAUCCCUGGGUAGUUGAUCAGUUCGACAUCUCGGUUAAAAACAAUGAAACACUUGCAGAUGCGGAAUACGAAGACGCGCGUCCGUCGACAGCGACCGAGGAGGAAAUGCAGCUGCAGAUCGCUCUGGCUCUUUCGCGUGAAGAGUGUGAAAAGCAGGACGAAAUGAGAAAAAGCGACGAGGCUCGUCUUCAAAUGGCCCUGGAGGAAUCGCAGAAGGUUAUUUGAAAACAGGAAUUUGAUAAAGUUUUCAUUUAGUUUCAGGAAGCUGAUCGUCUGGCUACCACGAAGCAAGGAACUGUCAGCAGUGGUCAGCUGACUCAGUCUGCUCUCGACGAUUUGCUCUCGUUGGGAGUUGGAGAGCUGGUCUCCGGCAACAACGAUCAACCGACAUCGUCAAGCACAUGGAACAACAUAGGAAUGGUCGAUCCGUGGGGUUUGCCACAGGAGCCCGCUAAGACUGGAAACUCCUCGGACACUUUCUUCACAAACUCGAUCUCUUCCAACGACCCGUGGAGCACUCCUCAAGCGCCGACACCUGCAGCACAGUCCUCCCUUAACUCGGAUCCAUUUGCUGCCUGGGACACCCCUGCUCAGACGAGCGCUAUUGCCCCGAGUGGAACUUCCAUGUCCCUUCUUGGCGGAGACGUGAGCAAACAAUUUUAGCUUUGAUAUAUGAUUGUUCUUUUCUAGUUGCUGGCACCUGACAACUCUUUGCCUACUAACUUGGGCUUGUUGAACGGAACCAGAAAGACUCCCGAAAAUUUUUUGGGCGAGAACUCUAAUCUUGUAAACUUGGAUAAUUUGCUGGGAGGAUCAACUACUAGCCAGACAGGUAUAACAAUAAUAAUAAAUACCUCUUGAAGUGUUCAUAAAUUUCACGUUUAGGUGGCAAUCCAUUCCUGACUGGAGUCACUCCGGUCGUCAAUCCGUUUGCUGCUCAACAGAGAAAGUCGCCGACCUUGAACGAGAUGAGGGCAGCUCAGGGCCAAGCUCCUCCGAUUCCAACGAUGGCGCCGCGCGGAACUCUGCCACAAGCAAACCCAUUUGCCAAUCCCUUCUAA